CACAUCUAUACGCGACAAGAAAACAAUAUCCUGACGAAUGUUUGAACGAGAAUACAUAAUUCAUACCUUAACUAACAUAUCUAAAAUAUGUUUCAAAAAUAUUAUAUUAAUAUAAGUUCAUUUUGCUAAUUUAUAUUGUUGUAUAAUGUAUUUUAUCUCAUCUACUUUAAUGUUUAAAAAUUUUCAUUGCGAUAAACGAUCAGAAUCCACGAAUUUCAUUCGCUUUUCACACAACUGAACAAAAUAUAAAUAUUAUAAAUAUUUUAUCAAAUUCCACAAAAUUAGGUGUUGAAUGUCUUCUAAAUGAAGACAUCUGGCACCGCUGAUUUCGAGCCUUAUCAGACAAUUAACGUCAAAAAGUGGCAAAUACAGAGUGGAAAAAAAUCAUUUGAAUGUAGUGUCCCGCAUAGUCGCGUGAAUUUUGUAGUAACAUGAUGUGUAUUUUCCACUCUUCUAACUUCAAGCUAAUUAAAAUAUUAAUAGUAGCACUUGCGAUCGGAAAAAAUGUACACGGUUUAUAUGAAGAUCAAAUAGGCAAAUUUGACUGGCGGCAACAUUAUGUGGGCAAAUUGAAAUACGGUGCAUUCGAUUCAAGCUCUUUGGAUCGAAUAAUCGUGGCCACAGAGAGUAAUGCUCUGGCAGCAAUAAGUGCAAAAAGCGGGGAGCUUAUAUGGCGACAAGUGUUGGAAAAAGGUCCUCGGGGCGAUAUAAAACUACUGCACAUUCCGUCCCAAGGCAAUGGCAUCCAACCAACCGGAAGCAGAUAUAACAGGGCAUUCGAUAUCAUCACAGUAACGGGAGAUAAUCCGGCAUUAGUCCGAGGAUGGAACUCCAAUAGCGGGGUACUAGAGUGGGAAUGGUCACUGUACUCAGUCUCGCCUGAGAGAAUCGAUAGUGCACUUUGGUUCAUCCAUGAGGGGACACUGUAUCAUGUUGUUCCCGUUUGGCAGUCACAUCUUGAACUCACAGGUUACGUAGCCACAUCCGGGCAGCAGACGAAAGCUACUACUUCACGCAUUUCAGCAACAUGGAUAAAGGAUAAAAAAUGUGCGCUCGCAGCUUCAUUCUUUGCUUGUGCUAUAGAUGAACAAAUACUGGCAAUUGACUUGUUAUCUGAAAAAAUCCAAAUUAUUAUGAAGCAAUUAGACGCCCCAGCAGUUGAACCAUUGAAGGCGAUAGCCGGAGAGGCAGCUGUCAUUCAAGACGAUCGAUAUUAUUCGCUAUCUUCAGAAAAGAGCUUCCAACUUGAUGCAGGAGACGCAAUUCUGGUAGACGAAACCAUUUUCGAAGGCGAGAAAGUCGUGUUACAAUUAUCUAUGAACCGGGAGCAGAAUACAUGUAAAUUGUCAGCGAAGAAACUGACAGGGAACGAACCCAUAGAGGCAAUCGGUUUUACUAUAAAUAAUUAUCCGCAAACACUAGGAGCAUCGGAAUUAGUUUCAGUGCGAUGUAAAAUUUCCUCUUCCGGUGAUGGUGGCUCUCGAAACCAACCGGUCUGUCGAUUCGUUCUUUCCACGGAGGACGGCACAAUAGUUCUCAUUCAGCAGGGUAAUAUCAAGUGGACCCGCGAGGAAGCAUUGGCCGAUGUAGAGGCUGUUGACUUUUUGGAUUUGACCCUGUCGGAUGCCGAAGGUGCUAUCGAGGAAGAACUGAAUAAUAAAAAUGAGGAGAACGAUUUGGAAUGGGAUGUCUUCGGUGCUUUGCAGCGUCGCAUAUACAACCAGAUCAGUCACGUGAAGAACCUCGCGUUGCACGUCCUCGGCCUCGGUCCUGCCCCAUCCAAAGCCCAGAAGGCUGGCCUUGUUCGCGAUGAUUUUGGACUGCAUAAAAUGAUUGUCGUGAUCACUAAGAGCGGUAAAAUUUUCGGCAUUGAUAACAUCAGCGGCAAACACCACUGGGUUCGAUAUCUUCCGGAGAUAGCUGGUUUCGCUAAUGGGCAAAGUAUGAAACUGUUGGUGCAAAGGACCUCUCGUUUCUAUCCAUUGACGGCACAGUGCAUCAUUCUCGGUAGACACAAGGAUACAAAGAAUGGAUUGAUUUAUCAAUUCAAUCCAAUCACUGGGCAGCCCAUCAACGGAGGCAUUAUCCAUUUGCCGUAUAAAAUUCGCCAAGUUUCACUGCUUCAUGAAACCGGUCCCGACUUUUUGCGAGCACUUCUUAUUCUGGACGAAGAAAAAAAAGCCCACGUUCUGCCCGAAAGUUCAGCGAAAUUCGCUCACAAUUUCUACAUGUUCAGCGCGAAUCGAGAGUCUGCAGUCUUGGAAGGCCAUUUGAUAGAGUUUAGAAAUGGAAAAUUGAGCACCAUUCCUACGUGGACAGUGAAUCUUGGAGGUGCUGGAAAAGAACAGAAAAUCGUUGCGAUGGAGGGCAAAAAUCCAAUCGAGCAUGUCCAUUCGCAGGGACGUGUGUUGGCUGAUCGAUCUGUGUUAUAUAAAUAUAUCAACCCAAAUUUAAUAGCUGUUGCCACCCACGGACUUGAUAACAUUCACAAAUAUAUCUUGAACGUUCAUCUCCUGGACGUCGUUUCUGGGUCAAUUGUAUUCUCUAUGUCGCACAAACGAGUUCAACCUCCGCUUCACAUGGUCCAUUCUGAGAAUUGGCUCAUAUACUCAUAUUACAACGACAAAGUACGCCGGACGGAAAUCACAUCCAUUGAACUGUACGAAGGUAAAUCACAAACCAACAGUACAGUUUGGAGUUCACUGGAUACUCCCCCUUUGCCAUUAGUCGAAAGGCAGUCGUAUAUUUUACCCGUUAGCGUUGCCGCUAUGAAGGAGACAAUAACCGAAAAGGGCAUCACAAACAAACACAUUCUGAUUGGUCUCAGCACCGGUGUCGUAGCGGAAAUGUCGUGGGCAUUAUUGGAUCCACGCCGACCUGUUACAUCACCGGAAAAGGCAAGAGAAGAAGGUAUCAUACCGUAUAUGCCCGAGCUCCCCAUGCCACAUGAAAUUCUCAUCAACUACAACCAAACAAUUGCUAACCUCAAGGGUAUCCAUACCGCUCCAUCGGGUUUGGAGAGCACUUGCUUAGUGUUUGCACAUGGUCUAGAUAUUUUUGUUACUCGUGUAGCGCCGUCAAAAACAUUCGAUUUGCUGAAGGAGGAUUUCGAUUAUUUCCUCAUUACGGUAGUUUUGGUAUUGUUAACUAGUACCUCAUAUGUUGUUAAACAUCUAGCUUCGAAGAAGGCUAUUAAACAAGCCUGGAAAUAGAUGCUAUCCAAAAUAUGUCACUAUGUGAAUUUCUAUGUUCUAGUUUAAUUUGGUUUUUGUAAUUCAAUGACGAGGUCACUAUUAUUCUCAAUGGAAUCAUCGUUGAUCACCAUUAUCGCAUUUUUCUACGUUGUAAUAAUGAGUAAGAGUGUAUUGAACAUCUUGUGUAGAUUAUUUAUCAACCCACCACACGAUUCCAUGGUCUCAUUUAGUCAAUUUCUUUGAGUGUAGUUUUACAGUACGAAUGCCGGCAGAAAGUCAGAGUUUCAUCCUGGGGUAGCUAGGGGUAUUUUUGUUUGGAAUCAUUAUUACGAACCAAAAUAUACAAAUGGGUAUGCACGUACCACAAUAUUCUAA